AUGUCGUCCUUGCAGAAGAUCAACGAUAUUGAGGCGGAGCUCGCCCGCACGCAGAAGAACAAGGCCACCAUGGCCCAUAUCUGCGCUCUCAAGGCCCGUCUGGCGCAGCUGAAGCGCGAGCUCAUCGCAUCCGAAUCGAAGAAAGGCGGCGGCAAGGGCGAAGGGUUCGACGUACAAAAGACUGGCGAUGCUCGCAUUGGCUUUAUCGGCUUUCCGUCUGUCGGUAAGUCGACGCUGCUGUCGAAGAUGACCUCGACGCACUCCGAGGUGGCCGCGUACGAAUUCACUACGCUGACCUGCGUGCCUGGUGUGGUGAACUACCGCGGCGCCAAGCUGCAGAUGCUGGACCUGCCCGGCAUUAUUGAGGGUGCUAAGGACGGUAAGGGUCGCGGUCGGCAGAUCAUUGCGGUGGCCCGCACCUGCUCUCUCAUUCUCAUCGUGCUCGACGUUGUCAAGCCGCUGCAGCACAAGCUCAUCAUUGAGCGUGAAUUAGACGGCUUCGGCAUUCGGCUGAACAAGUCGCAACCGGAUAUUGUGAUUCGCAAGAAGGAUCGCGGCGGCAUCAGCAUCUCCUCGACGUGUCCGCUCACACAGCUUGACCAGGAGACGAUCAAGACCAUCUUGGGCGAGUACCGCAUGUCAAACGCAGACGUCACAUUCCGCGGUGACUACACGGCCGACGAGCUCAUCGAUGCAAUUGAGGGGAACCGCGCGUAUAUCCCAGCCAUCUAUGUGCUGAACAAGAUUGACCAGAUCUCGAUCGAGGAGCUCGACAUCAUCGCCCGCAUUCCGCACAACUGCCCAAUUUCUGCCCAUCACGAGUGGAAUCUGGACGGUCUUCUCGAGUGCAUUUGGGAUCACCUCAACUUUAUUCGCGUGUACACAAAACCAAAGGGUCAAGUGCCGGACUACGACGCGCCGGUCAUCCUCAAGAAGCUCCCGCAGCCGUCGGUCGAAGGCUUCUGCAAUCGCAUUCACAGGCAGCUGAUGCGCAACUACAAGUAUGCGUGGGUGUGGGGCUCGUCUGUCAAACACCAGCCGCAGCGCGUGGGCAAGGACCACCUGCUGGAUGACGAGGAUGUCGUGCAGGUGGUGAAGAAGGUGUAG